GGUAGUAAUUUCAGAAACCCAGCUGGCGCAGUCGGUAUUGGAGUACCUGCCCCACAUCCAACCCCCAAGUGUCCAAUGUCUGGAAAUCAAGGACUGUCGGUCAGCGAUAUCAAUUUCAGCAGAUUAUUUGCCCUCUUCAUUACAAUAUCUGAGAAUAUCUGACUGUUCAAAAUUAACAUUCUUAGAUCAACUGCAACACAAGUCUCUAAGGGAGAUAUAUGUAGAGGGUUGUGAUUCACUGAAGUUGCUUCCAUUGGGGGACUUUCCAAAUCUCAAGAAACUCGUGAUCAGUAAAUGCCAAAGCAUGGAAUGUGUUGUGGUGCCACAGGCUAUUCCAAGUCUCCAAUAUUUAAGCAUCUCAGAGUGUCCCAGUUUAGUAUCCUUGCCGGCGCUAACGUUGACUGUUCCCCAGCUAGAGGAGCUGCAUAUAUGUGAUUGCCCAGAAGUCGAUUGCUUUGCUGAGGAGUUCCUCCCACCAAGUUUGAAAAAACUUGAAGUCACUAAGUGCCAAAAACUAGCAAGUUGGAUAACAUCAAAGGGUUUGCAGAGUGAAGGCCUUACCCAUCUUUGGCUUGGUCCAUGCUUUGAUGUAAAAUCAUUCCCAAGAGAUGGUUGCCUUCCUGCUUCUCUUCAGGCUCUAAUAUUGUCGAACUUUCCAAAUCUGGAGACGCUUGACUGCAAGGGGCUUCACCAUCUUACCUCCCUCAAAAGUUUAGCAAUUACAGACUGUGAAAAGCUUGAGAAUAUCACAGAACAACAUUUGCUUGCCUCCAUAGAACAUAUCUACAUAGGGGAAGAAUGUCCUUUGAGGUGGAAGCUAGAAGAGAUGGAAGACCCACGGAUUUAAUUCGUUACAGAUAUUCAAAGCAGCUUAUGUGCCCAUACAGUGGGAAGAGCACUAUGUAGGGACUGAAAUUGACCCUAGAACACAGAGCUUUCUGACAUGGGAAAGUUUGGAAUCAGUUCGAUCAAUCUGGGUUGGCUUAAAAGGGCCAAUGGCCAACGCCAUUGGUAAAGGGCAUCAUUCAUGGUAUGCAAAUUUUGUCCCUGCUAUAGCCUUCUUAGCUGCAAAAACACAGAAGGAGAGUAUAGUGGGCCUGAAUAUCAGGUUGUGAGAAGUGUGGUAGAAAGUCUCAAACGCCAAGGAAGUUGUCAUUGACAAUUGCUGCAUGAUGAUAUAUUUGUGAACUUGGAUUUAGGGUGCAACUGUAUUUGGAAAUUCAUUUUGAGUAUUGAAAAUGGAAUUACUCUCGUUCAUUUUUAUAAUCUACAGCUUGUGAAAAAUCCUGCUCUUUUUGCUGUCUAGUGAUGUCAAACCUUUAUGGUAACAUUAUUAGUGACCUUUGUGCUGGCUUGGUUGGGGGUUUGGGUUUGACAGCAAGCUACAAGAUUGGUGAGGGAGGUAUUGCACUAGCUGAGGCUGUACAUGGUUCAGCACCUGAUAUUGCUGGAAAGAAUUUGGCAAAUCCAACUGCUUUACUGCUGAGUUGUGUUUCAAUAUUGCGCCAUUUGAAUCUCCAUGACAAAGCGGACCAAAUUCAAAAUGCCAUCCUCAACACAAUUGCAGAAGGGAAGUACCGAACUGCUGAUCUUGGAGGCAAAGCAAGGACAACCGAGUUCACCAAUGCAAUUAUUGAUCAUCUCUAAAUUAUGCUCUUGAGUAGGCAAGGAAUUGCUGCUAAUUUUGUUUUCUGUUAAUUUCCUAUUUAUUUUUCCUGGGCUUUUUUCGAGGAGUAGGAUUACCUCAGCAGUCAGCAUAAUGGGAAAACUCAUCUAAUGGUGUGACCUUACAACCACAAUGCACGGGCAAGCCUUAAAAUAUUCACUGCCCAUGCAGUGUUAUGGCUUUUUGAGGGUUGGAGUCUUUUACACUUCUAAAAUGCUUUUGAUUGAUAACCCUCUUUAUUCUAUUUUACAAUUCUUUGUCAAUAAUACAGUUAAAUAAAUGAAGUACCAUACGCAUGUUUCAUUCA